UUGUUUUUCAGUUUCCACAGCCAAUACCAGCAGUUGAAGACUUUUUGCUCUAUCUGUCUAUAAUAGCCUAGCCUAUACUGGUAGUCUUUGUUACAGAUCGGAGAUCGGUCUGCGAUCAUGAGUUUUUCUGAAAAAAUUGAUGUAAUUCAAAAUUUGCUAAAUAGUAAGCAGAAAUUGGAAAGAGAUAGAGGAGUUAUUCAAUUGAAACAAGUUGUGGUAUCAUCACAAAAACCUCAAACCACCACUCAAAAUGGAAAUCAGGCGAAAAAUGUUGACGAUUUGAUAGUCAAAUUGCAGAAGAAUUUUUUAUCAAUUCUUUCGAAAGCUGAAUCAACAAAAGAGUGGGAACCUAUACAGGGUAGCCUCUCUGGCAGCAAAUGUAUUAUUGACAAUCUUGCGCAAAUACUCACAGAUGAUCUGAUACAAGAGCUACAGAAAAUUUCUGAAAGGCUUCUUACGCAUGAUGAAGUUAGAGUCAGACUAGCUGCAGGAGAAGUCUUAGGUGCUUUGUGCAAGCAUCAUGGUGUGGAAACCUAUUCUAAAUGCUCUGAUGUUGUAUUGAAUUUGAUUAAUAGUAAUCUACAUCGUGAUAUGGAAGUUGGCUUGGAACCUGAUGCAAAUGACAACACUGAAAAUAUGGAGACAACAUCUGGUCGUAAAAGAGGUGUUUCAGUCGAUGCUGCAACCAUAUAUCAUGAAUCAGCAGGAUGGCGUCACCUGGAAACAAGCAUGGAAUGCCUUCAGUUUAUGAUUGAAGGAAGUGGCAAAAAUUUCAAUCCUUAUGUUACACAGGAUCUGCUUGAUUUGAUAUUCAGUGCAUUGACUCACGAGAACAGAUUUGUGAGAGAAACUGGUUAUUAUGUUUGUGCUUCAUUAGUAAACAUUGGACAACCUGAUGUUAAUGAAGAAUCUAAUCCAGAUCACAAUAGUAUUUUGAAAUACGGAGAACAGUUUUCUACGUAUCUUGCAAAGGGCCUUGCCGAUAACUGGUCACAGGUUCGACUUGCAUCUUCAACAGCUGCAAGACAUUUUUUGAUGUCAAUUCCUGAUAUUGAUAUCAGGAAAAAGUUUUAUCCAACUCUUCUUCCCAGAUUGUGCUUGAACCGAUACUACGUUGCAGAUGGGGUUAGAAUAUAUUCCCAAGAAACUUGGAGGCAACUCUCAGAAGGCAAAGGUCGUGAAAUGGUUGAAACAUAUAUUGACGACGUCAUUGAAUAUUAUAUAAAAUCAACAAAGGCAGAUAAUCAUGCAGUUAGAGAAGCAGCUUGUGCUUGCAUUGCUGAACUAGGAGGGAAGGUAAAUCCACAGGCCUUAAAGCAACACAUUGUAUCAUUAUUGAAUGCAUUAUUGGAAUGUUUUCGUGAUGACAGUUGGCCAGUCAGAGAUGCAGCAUGUGUGGCUUGCGGAAAUUUCAUUUUAAAUUUUGCAGAAGAGGCAAGGAAUGUGAAAGAUGAACUGUAUCAACUAUUUCUAACAAACAUGAGAGAUCCUAUAUCAUCGGUUAGGCAAGGAGCAGCGGUCGCAGUUGCGAAUUAUGUAAAAGCAUAUGGUGAUGACGCCCUAGAAAAAGUUAUUGAAGAAAUAAAAGAAGGCUUGAAAGAAAUUGAGAAACAGCCAGAAAAUACUGAGAAAUAUUCUGCUAUUGAUAAAUCACCUGCACAGUUUGGUGUUGUUAAGAAAUUGAGAGACAACGAUGUGGAUCUACACACAAACCAGACAAUGUACUCAUGCGGGUCACUAGCUCCAAAAAUGGGACGAGGAAGAAAUGUAAAUUCAGAUAAAGAUACAAAUAAACCAAGCUCUGGUGGAGGGUGCAGUGAUUGCAGGUUUCAGAGAUCAUCUGAACCUUGGGAGAGAUCAGAUGGUUGUGUUUUUCUCAUUUCUGAAUUGUUGUCUAAUUCAGAAAAACAAACAGCGGAUCCAGAACUUGCAACCCGAAUUGCAAACCUUCUUCCACUAGUUGUUGAAGCGGCAAAAUUUCGAAAUUUUACGCAGCAUUCUGUUUUCAUUGAAACUAUUUGUCGGCAACUUCCGAUUAUUGGCAAACGACUUGGAAAAAGGAUUUUCAAAUCUAAUUUGGAGUCAUUUUUUGACAUCAUUUUCUAUGGUCUGCAAAGUGAUGUCCAAUUAACAAGCGCUGCUGCGGAAGAUUGUCUACUGGAGUUGGCAACUUUUCUAGGGCCAUCAAUAUUAAGAGGGAGAAUUGAGCAGUUUAAUGGAAGAUUCCUUGAAGAAUAUGAUAAGAUUAAUCGUAGACAUUACAUAAGUGACCCUGGAGUUGGGCCCAAUCCUGGAAGUCAGACUCCUUUCCCAAAUCCAGGGUUUGUUCCUACAUUUCCAACUUCAUCCAAUAACAAUGGCAUUCCCAUGACACUGCCUCAUUUUGAAUAACAUCUAUAGUAGCGCGUGUACAAUGUGUGCAAUCAUGUGAAUGAAGUAAUCAAACAGGAGAGAAAAAAGUGGAUCAUAUUGUUAAUAUAGUGAUAUAUUUUCAUACUUGUGAAAAUGAUGAAAAAGAUAUUUUUGUUUGAAAGAAAAAGUAUGAGAUGGUGGUGAAAUAAGGACUACUGUUUGUACUGGAAACUUCUUAAUUUGAAUUCAAUAACUCAUUUUGUUCAAUUGUGUUUUCCUUCUGAACUGUUUGUAUGUUCAUAUUGGGUUUAUUGCUAUUAUUCUGCUUUGUAUGCUAGCAAAUGAAUUAGAUUAGAGAAUGUGUGGAGUCUCCAUUUUUAUUUUAACUAUAUCUUGGCAACUUUGUGUUUUACCCAUUCCCAAAUUAGUGUUUGUCUGCAGUCUGCACCCUAUCUUAAUAAAUCUUUUUUGCACUUUUCCA